AUGGGGAAUCAUUUCAACUGGUUAUUAGGCAAUGGAAGAACUGAAAGCAAUGGAAGAACUGAAAGCAAUGGAAGAACUGAAAGCAAGGAAUCAAAGUUAUUACCUGGUGAGGUUGUGAAUGACUACAAAGUAUUAGAAAAACUGGGCAGCGGUGCAUAUGGUGUUGUAUAUAAGGUUGUGAAAGAAGAAGAGAUAUUUGCCUUAAAGAGAAUUGACAUGUCACUCCAAGGAAUUCCUUCUGUUACGAAUGAGAUCGAAUCUCUCAAAAUCAGUGCACAUAGGAAUGUUGUGGGGUACAUCAAUAACUUCUAUGAUGGCAUUGCUCAUAACAUCGUCUUGGAAUACUGUGAAUAUGGUUCUAUAGACAAUUUCUUAAAAAAAAAUCGCCCGGAUAAAAAUAAGCGUAUGGGAUUCAUCAAAGACAUAGCGAAUGGCGUAGCAUAUCUUCAUGGUCUCAAGAUUGUACAUCGAGAUCUGAAGCCAGCCAACAUUUUAAUCGACAGCCAAUGUGUUGCCAAGAUUGCUGAUUUUGGAAUUGCUAAGGUUUUUAAUUCAGAGGCUACUGUGGAGAAAUUGUACAUGAAUUCAUUGAAUGGCACAUAUGAAUACAUGGCUCCAGAGGUACUAAAAUUAUCUAAUAUGGGUGCUAAGCCUAUGCCUGAAGGCCAAUAUAAUUCACAGGCGGACAUUUUCAGCAUGGGCCUGCUAUUUUGCAGUAUUUCAGACGAAAACUUAAAAAAACAAGUUGAGACAAAAAUGAUUGGAAUUCAAAUGAACAAACAACCAGGGUACAAGUUUGAGUUACCAUCAACUAUUAAAGACUUCAUGAGAAAGCUUAUCAAUAAAAUGCUUGAGAAGGAUUACCAUGAAAGACCAACAGCAAAACAAAUCAGAGAAAAUUUAAGAUACCGAACUGGAAGAAAGAAUCUAAUACUAUCACCUGGGAAUGUUUUGAAGGACUACGAAGUAGUGGAAAAUCUGAGCAGUGGUGUAUUUGGUGAUGUAUAUGAAGUAACUAAAAACAAAAAGACAUUUGCCUUAAAGAGAAUUGAUAAGUCAGCCCACAGAAUUCCUUUUUUCAAGAAUGAGAUCAAUUCUCUCAAAAUCAGCGAACACCCUUAUGUUGUGAUAUACACUGAUGACUUCUCUGAUGACAUUGCUCAUAACAUUGUCAUGGAAUACUGUGAACAUGGCUCUAUAGACAAUUUCAUUGAACUAUACCACCCAAAUGAAUAUAGGCGUAUGAGAUUCAUUCAGGACAUAGCGAAUGGCUUAGCAUAUCUUCAUGAUUGCAGGAUCUUACAUCGAGAUUUGAAGCCAGACAACAUUUUGGUUGACAGCCAAACUGUUGCCAAGAUUGCUGAUUUUGGAUUGGCUAGAAUUUUUAAUUCAAAGGCUACUGUGGAGAAAUUAUACAUUGAUACACAGGCUAGCACAGUCACCUACACAGCUCCAGAGGUACUAAAAUUAUUUACUAUGGGUGCUAAGCCUAUGCCUGAAGGCCAAUACUAUUUCCAAACGGACACUUUCAGUAUGGGACUGAUAUUUUGCAGUAUUUUAGAUGACAACUUAAAAGAACAAGUUGAGAGAGAAAUGAUCGGCAUUCAGAUGAACACACAACCAGGGUACAAGUUCAAGUUACCAUCGACGAUUAAAAACUUCAUGAGGAAGCUUAUCAAUAGAAUGCUUGAGAAGGAUUACAACGACAGACCAACAGCACAAAAAGUCAAGGAAAAGUUAAAGUAG